UAAAACUACUAUGAUACUAUCAUUCCCACUAUCUCAAAAGCUCUUGCCUUUUUCCUCUCAUUUUCUAGAGAAAGAAACAACAAGACAGAGCGAGAGUUCAAGAAGCUGCCAUGGGAGUGGCACGAGUUAACCAAUUUUGGUUGCAUCUUGUCAUCCUCUUCUCCAUCUCCGUUUCUUCCAUUUCUGGCACUGAACUAAAUUGUGUAUACACAGCUUAUGUUCGGACUGGGACAUACUGGGGGUCUGGAACUGACUCAAAAAUUACCUUGUCUCUUUAUGAUGCCACUGGACAUGGCCUUAGAAUCAAUAACCUACAAGCUUGGGGUGGGCUUAUGGGCCCAGGUUACGAAUACUUUGAAAUGGACCAAUUGGAUAUGUUUACGGGCCGUGGUCCGUGUUUGACUGGACCAAUCUGUAAAAUGAACUUGACUUCCGAUGGAUCAGGUGAUCACCACGGAUGGUACUGUAACUACGUGGAAGUCACGUCUACAGCAGAACACAAACGAUGCAGCCAACAGGUGUUCACCGUGGAGACGUGGCUCAGUGCCGGUCAUUACCCAGAUGGGUUGACCGCCAUUAGGAACAACUGCAAGCGUAUUUCCAACGAACAACAAUCAAUUCAUGAUUCUGAUCAAUCUUAUAAAGUUGUUGAUGUAAUUUAAUUCAAGUUUAUUGGAGUUUAGCGGGGCAUAAUUUCACUCUCUUUAUGUUUUUUCUUCUCUUUGUCAGUUCAUCAUAUUGUGAAAAUUUACGCGUUAUUCUAAUGUUGUAUGAUUUACGAAGGCCAUUUAGGCCAAGGCCUGAUAUGUACUCUCACGAGUGCCACAUAAUUGGAAUGGAAAGUUUUCUUCACCCA